CCACCUCGAGGCCAUUCAUGCUGUGGCUGGAGGCAGAGCAGGGGACAGACAUGGAGUGAACAAGCAAACAGGCCAGAGAGAACCCAGGCUAGCGAAGCUUUGCCCUUCAGAAGUCACAAGUAGGACCUCUGAUGACUUCAGAACUUCCCACCCCUAACUGAGAGGAACAGAGCUGCUCUGAGCGGAGCAUUACCACCAGGACUGCUGAGAACCCCUGUGCCCAUUUGGGGGUGACUCAUCAUCAAAGGCAUUCUGAAUUUUAGCACAAGGUCAAAGCAAAACUGGGGCUUGAAGCUUUCCCCCUGAGUAGCUGUGUCCCUGACGAAAUGGCCUGGGGCCAGUGCUGGGUGACCCAGAAAUCUGCAGCUCCUCCCCACAUUGUACCCCAUGUUCUACUCCCUCAGGGCAGGGAGGGUGAAGUCUGCACUGUAGUGGGGAGAUGUGAGCUCCGACUGUGUGAGGCUCUGGAGGGCAGGGAAGGGCCCCGUAUUUCCUGUUCUCCCUCCAGGUGAGCCAUCUGAACGGCAGACGGUGGCCCUCAUUACCACUGACUGGGUGGGCUGUUUCUGAGAGCUGGCAAUUCCUUCAGCCUCAGUCUUUCCAAGUGAACACCACUCUCCUUAAGUCCCAGAAUCCUCCCUGACCUGUCUGCUUGGACCUUCUGGCACCCCUGCAGCCCCCGACCACGGUUCCCCCAGCACCCGACCUUCAGGAGCGCUUCCUCAGGAAUGCAGCAAGGGCCAUGUCCUGGGAGGAAGCCAGAGGCCUGCUCUGUCCACCAGCAUCGGCAAGUGGACUCAGCCCACCAGUUCUGUUUUGGACAUCCCACUGGGAGGAGGCCUGGAUUGAGGAAGACCCUGUGCUUGGACCUCAGGCCAGCAGGAUGUGUUUUCCCACCAGGUUGUUCCAACAUCAAGAAGUGGGAUCUUUUCAGGAGGUCAAGGGCCUAAUGGCAGAGAGACUGGCUAGGAUUUCCCUGGGAAGAUCUGCAGCUCAGAGAGGCCUGGGAGGCUGCCUGAGGACUGUGGUCAGAGCCCUCCCUUGCUAACAAAGUGAAGCCCAGAUCCUCAUCAGUGCUCCCUACCCCUCCCCAACAGGGAAAUCUGCUUUGCCUUGAUUUAGUCCACUUAAAAGAUCCAAGAGAGAGAAGAAGGGGAGUCCCAAACACCUUGCUUCUUUUGCCCAGGACUGGGAGCUGGGGAUGUGGGCAGGAGAGGGUAGAUGAUGGGGCCAGAGGAGCCUACAGCCUAGGGUGGGGCAAGAGACUGGACGUGGCUCAGGAGGCCAAUGCUGACCCUGACUUCUCAUCUCUGGUCUGUCUGAACCCAGAGCUAGGAAGGGGCUGAGCUGGCUGCCCUCUACCCUGGGCAGUCGGUUGGACCUGGACUGUGCUCUACAGUACAUUUGUCACCUGGUUCCUCCAGGAGGUCAGCUCACAGGCACCUGUGCCGGCCUUGCCACAACCGUGAGAAGGCCAAGGGCCUAGGAAAGUACAUCUGUCAGCGGUGCCACCUGGUCAUUGAUGAGCAGCCCCUCAUGUUCAGGAAUGACGCCUACCACCCAGAUCACUUCAGCUGCACCCACUGUGGGAAGGAGCUGACUGCCGAGGCCCGGGAGCUGAAGGGUGAGCUCUACUGCCUACCUUGCCAUGACAAGAUGGGGGUCCCCAUCUGCGGGGCCUGCCGCCGGCCCAUUGAGGGCCGUGUGGUCAACGCGCUGGGCAAGCAGUGGCACGUGGAGCACUUUGUCUGUGCCAAGUGUGAGAAGCCAUUCCUGGGCCACCGGCACUACGAGAAGAAGGGCCUGGCCUACUGCGAGACCCACUACAACCAGCUUUUUGGGGAUGUCUGCUACAACUGCAGCCAUGUGAUCGAGGGUGAUGUGGUGUCUGCCCUCAACAAGGCCUGGUGUGUGAACUGCUUCUCCUGCUCCACCUGCCACAGCAAGCUCACCCUGAAGAACAAGUUUGUGGAGUUCGACAUGAAGCCCGUGUGUAAGAAAUGCUACGAGAAGUUCCCGCUGGAGCUGAAGAAGCGGCUGAAGAAGCUCUCAGAUCUGACCUCCCGCAAGGCCCAGCCCAAGUCCGUGGAUGUCAACUCUGCCUAAAGGCUCCCCAGUUGCCUGGCCCCCUUCUCCUGGCCGCCUUCCACUUCUCCACUCUUUCCUUCUCCCAGCCCGGUCCCCUGCCUUCUGCCCUCUCCCCAUUCACCAGGGCCUCCCUCCCAUCUGGUCUGGGUCUGUGUGCUCCAGCACCUCCCCCCUUGGCCAUCCCCCUCCUUCCUCUUCUGUGUGGAGGCCUGAUCCGCACCUGACAGCUGCUUCCACCUGUGCCCCUGACCUGUCCUGCUCUGCAGGGGUCUUCUUGGCACUCACUCUGCUAUAGGGCCUCAUCCCGAGUGGCACGUGGAGCACCCACGGCCAUCAGGCCCAGACAGGAGGAAGCUUCUUGGGCUGGGGACACCACUCUUCAAUCUCACAGUCACUCAUUCAAUCACGUAGGGUCCCUCUGAUCAUCCUGGGCCAUGCCCACCCACAAACCGGCUGGAGGGACAUGGCCCCAGCCCCUCCCUGACUCCAGGACCCUCUCUGACAUCUUGUCUCAGCCACCCUCCUCAAGCUGCGGUUCCCCUCUCCUCAAACCCAGGAUCUACACUGAGCCUCUGGGCAUGGCCUGGGGGCCAGGAGGUGGUGGAGUGAGGGGCGGCUCUCUCCCACUUCCAGGGCGGACCCAUCCUCCGUGGCCAGCCGAGACCUGGCUGUGGGGCUCACCUUUGCACAAUGAAGGCUUAUUCACGUGCCCA